ACGCGUCGUGUCCAUGUUGCUGAGGCGGAAGGAAGAUUCUGUAGCGUAAAAUUAAAAACACAAAGCAGUUUUGAAGAUUUUGCUAAUAUAUUUAUUUGUUUGUACGCUGCCAUGGUGAAAUUAAGAUCAAGGUGCCUUCUUGUAGGAGAUGCAGCAGUGGGGAAAAGUGCUCUCUCUCAGAUGUUCCGGAGUGAUGGCGCACACUUCCAGAAGAACUACAGUAUGACGGCUGGAGUGGAACUGGUUGUGAAGUCAGUGAACAUCCCAGAGACCAGCGACAGUGUGGAACUGUACAUCUUUGACUCUGCCGGGAGGGAAACCUUUGUUGAAGCAUGUGAGAAGUUGUGGGGCCAGCCGUCUGUGUUGUGUCUGGUGUUUGACGUGAGCAGUGAGCUGUCAUUCAGUAGCUGUGGCCGCUGGCUGGAGAGGGUCAGGGCCCACUGCCAGGGUCUGCACAUCCCAGGUACCACACACCUCAGCUCUGACCCCCUGUAUCUGGAGGUGUGUUGGUGGGUAACAAGUCGGACCUGUCCUCGCGGAGGGAGGUGGAGACCUCGGUGGCCCAAGAGUGGGCCCAAAGCCAGGGGCUGCAGUACCACGAGACGUCCGCUAAAGAGAUGGAGAACUGUGAAGCUCCCUUUCUGAGUCUAGCCCAGCUGUUCCACGCUCUCUACCAAGACAGACUACAGACCAUACAGAACCUGGCCUAACAUUCUAGAACCAGGCCUAACAUUCUAGAACCUGGCCUGACAAUCUUGAACCUGAACAUUCUAGAACCUGGCCUACCAUUGUAGAACCUGCAGAAUCUGGCCUAACAUAUAAAUAUCUAUUACAUUGUAUAUAUUCUGUUUCUAAGGAUAUAUGAAUUAUAUUUCUAUGGAUUGUAGGACCUGGCCCAAUGUUUUAGAACUUGGCCCAACAUUCCCUAAGUGAAAAAUACUGCCUCUGACAGUGAGAAAUCCACCUUACAUUGGGGUGGAGAUUAAAAUGAAACUAUUAUCUAUUUACUACAAUAAUUAAUGUUAUGUAUAUUCUUCACGUUGUCUGAGUUAUGCAGGAGAACAUGAUAACUUGUAUUAAAGUUAGUGAUUUCUGUACAGUA